CACUGAACCAUAUUCGCCAGUCUUCUUCUUGUGCGCAGUAUUUUAUCCCUCUCUCCUUCUCUCUCCUCCUCUCCCUUAAGAACAUAACAACCUUUUGCUACGUUCUUUUUCACUUGUUGAGCACAGGAACAAAGAUGUCUUCCCGUCCGCCAGUCUACAUCGUCUCCGCCGCGCGAACCCCACUAGGCUCCUUUCUCGGAGCUCUGUCCAGCCUGACUGCCCCUCAGUUGGGAUCGCAUGCCAUCAAGGCUGCCCUCGAAAGAGUCCCUGAAAUCAAAGCAGAAGAUGUAGAAGAAGUAUUCUUCGGUAACGUUCUAUCUGCAAAUGUCGGACAGAACCCCUCCAGACAAUGCGCUCUCGGUGCUGGCCUCCGUGAGUCGACUGUCUGCACUACCGUCAACAAGGUCUGCGCCUCUGGCCUGAAGGCCAUCAUCCUCGGCGCUCAGACUAUCAUGACCGGCAACGCCGAUAUCAUCGUUGCUGGCGGCACUGAAUCGAUGUCGAAUACCCCUCAUUACCUCCCAAACAUGAGAACGGGUGCCAAAUACGGCCACCAGACAUUUGUUGAUGGAAUUAUGAAGGAUGGUCUCUCCGAUGCCUACGGAAAGAAAGAGCUUAUGGGUCUCCAGGCUGAAGAGUGUGCUGAGGACCACGGUUUCACCCGGCAGCAGCAGGAUGACUAUGCCAUCCGGACAUAUGAACGUGCGCAGGCAGCCCAAAAAUCCGGUGGCUUCGAUUUUGAGAUUGCUCCCAUUGAGAUUCCCGGUGUCAGGGGCAAACCCUCUACUAUCGUUGAUAAGGAUGAGGAACCAAAGAACCUUCACCCUGAAAAACUCCGUGCCAUUAAGCCCGCGUUCAUUCCCAACGGCGGCACCGUCACUGCUCCAAACUCCUCUCCCCUCAAUGACGGCGCCGCUGCCGUCGUUCUCGUCUCCGAAUCCAAGCUCAAAGAGCUUAAUAUCAAGCCCCUUGCCAAAAUCCUCGGCUGGGGUGAUGCAGCCAAGGCACCCAGCAAAUUCACUACCGCCCCAUCUCUCGCCAUCCCCAAGGCUCUGAAGCACGCUGGCGUCGAGCAAUCUGCUAUCGAUGCCUUCGAGGUCAACGAAGCUUUUAGUGUUGUCGCACUCGCAAAUAUGAAACUUCUCGGCCUCUCCGAGGACAAGGUCAACCUCCACGGCGGCGCUGUUGCCCUGGGCCAUCCACUUGGAGCUAGCGGUGCUCGCAUCUUGACCACCUUGUUGGGUGUGUUGAGAGAAAAGAAAGGCAAGCUGGGCUGCGUCGGCAUUUGCAACGGUGGCGGCGGAGCUAGUGCCAUGGUUAUUGAAUACUUGCAGUAAGGCUUUGUCUUCUGUGUGACUUUUCAUGUCUUUCCUUCAAUCCUUUUUGAGAGUGGAUUUUUAUGCUAUGUGCAUGAAGCAAGCGCC